AUGAAGAUUCCCCUGCCGACACAAAGUUAUGAACAACAAGAACAUUUAGUUAGUACUGACGAGGAAGAGGAAGAUGAUUUUUCAUCAUCUCUUUCGUAUUGUUCCUCUUCGUAUGUGAUGGACCAAAUUAUGAUGAAAAGGAAGAAUUCGUUUAGUGGUGGUAGUUAUGGAGCAGCACAUCAACAAUUGUAUGGUAAUGAAGAGGAGGAAAGGAAUCAUGUCAUUUGGUGUGAUGUGUGUAAACAGGAAGGAUUUGAAGAAGCUGCCACUCAUUACUGUUCAACAUGUUUCAAGGAAAAUCAGAAAGAUAAGAGUAAUCGAGUGAUUGUUGUUCAACAAAAUGAUGAAAGGGAGAGUUUGGAAGAAGAGGAAGACGAAUCGAAUGUAACAAUAUGUCACUAUUGUCAAUAUCAUGCCAAUAGACAUAAUAGGAGAGAUCCACUGCAUCAAAUAGUGUCCAUUAGACAGGAAAGGAUAUUUGCAUCAUCGAGCUUGUUACGUUCUGGUUCAUUCAUGUCGAGUGCUUCAUCUUUUGAUUCGAACAUGUCCAAUUCAUCACCAAUUCCUUUUUUCACAACUGGUAGUACAUCAACUGGACCACUGUUCAAUUAUGGUUGUAAUGGUAAUAACAGCAGUAGUAAUAACAUGUUGGCGAGUAGUAAUAUUGUCAGAUAUUGUUUUAAACAUGAAGAGGCCAUUCCACUUAAUACCUACUGCAGAACUUGUGAAUUGGUAAUUUGUUCUCAGUGUGCCUUGUCCAAAGCACAUAAAGGACACUUGAUUGAGUUAAUCAAGGAUGUAGAAAAUAGUGAAAGAAUGCAAUUGGGUGAACAUGUUAAGGUUCUUAAACAAUCAUUCGAAGAAUGGGAAGAGGAGUUCAGUGUCCAUGAUGAAGACUUGGAGGAAGAACUGACACUAAUUGAUGAACGAGAAGAAUCACUCACAUAUCAGAUUAAUUUAGCAUUUGAUGAAAUGAAGGAAUGUCUAGAAAAGAGAAGAAAUGUUCUCAUAGAACAAGUGGAACAAUCAUCUCAUGAAAACAAACAAUCUGUUCAUAACAUUCUCAAAAUGAAGAAGGAAUCCAAAGAGUUACUUGGAGAGUUUGACAAUUUGGAAGAGAUGAGUGGAUUUGAUGUAAUUGAUAAAAAGUUGAAUAGACUCAAUCUUAUCAUUGUACUAUACGAAAAGAUGCAAAAAGAAUUCAAGACGAGAAAACUCUCUGACCUUCAUAGAAUAUCUCUGGACAAGUUUGCAAGUAGGAAGAAUAUUAUUCAACAUCACAUUGAUGAGCUAGGUCAAGUUGUCAAGAAGACAAAUGAUGAUUCUGGUCCAUCAUCGACUUCUGUACCUAUCAAUUUCAAACAUAUAGAAACUAUUGGAUCAGCUAGCAAUUCAAAUAAUAAGCAUGUGCAGUUUAGCUUUCCAUCCGAUGUUAAAAUUUCUCAUCAACAUGCAUGUAUUGUUGUAGCAGAUUUUGGCAACAAGAAGAUUCGUGUUUUGGAUUUGAUAACUAGGCAGUUCAAGUACGAUAUUGAUACUGCGUCAGCUCCAAGAAACAUUUCAAUAGAUCACACAGAUGACGACUCUAUUAUUGUAUCAUGUGCAGAUCACUGUGUUUACAAGUAUUCAUUACUUAAUCAGGGAAAGUCAAUAGUUUGGAGGAGCGGAUCGCCAAAUGAGAGUGGAAAUUCUCAACAUCUUUUCAAAUAUCCAAGAGCAAGUAUUGUGGAUAUAGAUGGCAAUGUAUACGUGUGUGAUCAUGGUAAUCACCGAAUCAAGGUAUUAACAUCUAGCAAUGGCCAAUUUGUGAAAAUUAUUGGAAUAGAUCAAAAUUCAAUUUAAACGGCCUUGGGGUGUUUGUAUUGAUAAGGAUGGAAAUUUAGUUAUUAGUGAGAAGAAGAAUAAUAGAAUACAAAGAAUAUCAAAGGAAGGAGAUAUUUCACUCUUUAUGUUAGGAAAGAAAGGAUCAUCUCAAUACGAAUUUAACAAACCGAGAGGUAUAUUAAUUGACAAUCACACUGAGCAUAUGUUUAUUUGCGAUGGAGCUAAUCAUAGAAUACAGGUAUUUUCCAAAGCAGGAAAAUUAAUCAAAACCUUUGGUUCUGAAGGUUCCAAAUCAAGCCAAUUAUUUCAACCUCAUAGUUUAUGUUUUGAUUCAGUGAGUGGUCAAUUAUUUGUAGCGGAUUGUGGAAAUCACCGAGUACAGAUAUUCCAAUAAACUUUUAAUCGCUUUCACUGCUGCUUGAAUUGUCUUGCUUAGAGCUUAGAAACUUAAUUGCCUUGUUUGGUGAAUUCCAUGUAACCCAAUCUUUUUCCUUGUGAAUUGAAUGGAAAGGAGUUCUUUUUUGAACUAUCGUGUUCGUAAAGUGUAGAAUCUGAAAAGUUAGCAGUAAAUUUCUUUGUUCCGACUGUAAGUUCCAUAUAUCUUGGAUACCUGUCUCUAUGGUACUUUCGUUUUCCUCUCAGCAACUUGGCGCUUGUUUUGGCGUCGAAAAUUAUAAACUCCUUUCCCGAAUUAUAAACUGUGACCUUAUAUUUUGAAGCUUUCUUUUGCUUAAAUGGAGCGUAGGCAUGUUCAAGGAAAUUAUUCUUUGUAGGAUUGAAAGAGCCAAUAUGUUGUUGUCCUGGAUCUAUUUGAAUGAAUUCAAUUUGUGGAGAGAGGUUACUAUUCAUCUUUUUUGGUCUCAGAAUUUCCUGAAUGUCAUUAAGGGAGUACUCAAAGAAUGUUGAUAAUUUGAGGUUAUUGGUAAUGUAUUUUACACGUUGAUCUAUUUUUCUAAAUCCCUCACUUGCAGUGUCAUAUGCAAAAGUAAUGUCCACUUGUGAAUAGUCAUGCUUCUUUGAUGGUUCUGUUAGUGAUAAAUCUCUUUCUGUACUCUCUAUUGUUCUUCUUCCUUUAAUCGACACAAGAGCGUCAAAUUCGUGAAGUUUUUUAAACGAGUUGAUAAUCAUUAAAAUUCUUGCAAGACCAUUAAAUUGAGUGAUGGUUGGCUUUAGAUCACCUAAUAAAAUAGGAUUUACCACCUUCUUAAUAUC